AUUCAAAUUUGAACGGCCGUGGUAGCCGACAGACCCUGGGCGCUGAGGGCAGAACCGACUGGGUGUGGGAGAGCCCGCCGCCCGGCCUCCGGCCUUCGUCCAGGAGCUGCGCCGAGCCCGCACUCACUUCUUUCCUUUUCCUCAGUUUGAGCCACCGGACCCACCGUCGCGUCGUCCACACGUGAGGCUUGGGGCGAUGGACCCGUUUACAGAGAAAUUGCUUGAACGAACCCGUGCCAGAAGAGAGAAUCUUCAGAGAAAAAUGGCUGAGAGACCCACAGCAGCAGCAAGGUCUGCACUACAUGCCAAGAGAGGCAGAGAACCACUUUCAGAAGCAAGUAAUCAGCAGCCCCUAUCAGGGGGUGAAGAGAAAUCUUGUACAAAACCAUCACCAUCAAAAAAGCAAUGCUCUGACAAAACUGAAGUCGAAGUUUUGGACGUAGAAAAUAAAGAACCUGUUGAGUCACCUGCUGCAGAACCUUGUUCUCCAAGGCCCACACCCCCCCAGGCACAGCCCCGAGCAUCAGCUGCCAGCAGGGAUUCUGUGGCUGCCCCACCAUCGCUGCUCCACUUGGACAGAGGGCUGAACUCAAGAUCAGAAGCAUCUGCUGCCUCCUCAGUUAAAACACGAAUGCAAAAACUUGCUGAGCAACGGCGCCAUUGGGAUAGUGAUAUAGCAGAUGAUGUAUCGGAAAGCUCACACUUCUCACCAAUGCCAUCUGAGGAAAAGGCUGCUUCACCUACCAAGCCACCCCUGUCAAAUGCCUCAGCUACCCCAGUUGGAAGAAGGGGCCGUCUGGCCAACCUUGCUGCGACAAUUUGCUCCUGGGAAGAUGAUGUAAGCUACUCAUCUACAAAGCAAAAUAGUGUACAAGAACAGCCUGGUACCACUUGUUUAUCCAAAUCUUCCUCGGCAAGUGGAGCAUCUGCUAGCAUCAAUAGUAGCAGUGUUCAGCAGGAAACUACAUGCUGUUCCCAAAGGGAUGGCAAGGCCUCUGUCAGUAAAGCCCCAUCAUCAAGUGCUGUCGAAGGACCAUUGCUUAAAGCCUCAGCGUCCAGCUCUCUGAAAGCGCCAUCUUCCCCCGUGAAAUCUGCUAUACUCAUCCCCAGUACUAAGAACUGUGAGGCACAAAAUCCUGAGCUACUUCACAAAAGUGUUAGUCCUCUGAGAACAGAGGCAUUGAAGCCCAGGGAGAAACCAGCUUUACCCCAGGCACUUCAGUCCAAAGAGGAGGCAAACAGGGAAGUUUGUCUGCAGUCCCAACCCAGGGACAAGCCUGCAACGCCAGGAGGAAAAGGGAUUAAGCCUUUUCUGGAACGCUUCGGAGAGCGCUGUCAAGAACACAGCAAAGAAAGUCCAGCUUUUAGAGCAUCAACCAGAACCCCUAAUAUCACUCCAAAUACAAAGGCCAUUCAGGAAAGAUUAUUCAAGCAAAACACAUGUUCAUCAACUACCCAUGUAGCACAGCAGCUCAAACAGGAACGUGAAAAAGAGCUAGCAUGUCUCCGUGGUCGAUUUGACAAGAGCAAUUUAUGGAGUGCAGAAAAGGAUGAAAAGUCAAGAAACAAGCAACUAGAAGCCCACCAGGAAGUUAACUGUCAGAAUACUCCCCUCAAGAAACAUCAAACUGUUUCAAACACCCCAUCGAUUUCUGAAACAAAUAAAGUGGCUGAGAAUCAAACUGCAGUGAAGAUUUCUAGUGCAGAGCCUUCAGGUUCCACUGAGAGCAAAAUGACAAAGUCCAGCCCUUUGAAAAUAACAUUGUUUUUAGAAGAGGAAAAGUCCUUAAAAGUUUCAUCAGACCUGAAGACUGAACUGGAGACUGAAGUGGUACGUGAAAUUGAGAUGAGUGUGGAUGAUGAUGACAUCAAUAGCUCCAAAGUCAUCAAUGACAUCUUUAGUGAUGUCCUAGAGGCAGGUGAGCUGGAUGUGGAAAAGAGCCAAGAGGAGAUGGAACCCGUGGGAGGAGAAAACAUGGAGGACCAGGAAGAUGCACUGAACAUCUCUUCUAUGUCCUUACUUGCUCCGUUAGCUCAGACGGUUGGUGUGAAUGUAAUUUCUUCACCCAAAUUGGAAUUGAGAGACACUAGCCCAAGUCCUGCAAGUCCCACAAGUCCCACACCAGGAAAAUUCCAGAGAACCCGUGUUCCUCGAGCUGAGUCUGGUGACAGCAUUAGUUCUGAAGAUCGCGAUCUUCUCUAUAGCAUUGAUGCAUAUAGGUCUCAAAGAUUCAAAGAGACAGAGCGCCCUUCCAUAAAGCAAGUGAUUGUUCGAAAAGAAGAUGUUGCUUCAAAAUUGGGUGAAAAGAAUAAUGUCUUUUCUUGUCAAGUUAAUAUCAAACAAAAAAUGCAGGAGCUCAACAAUGACAUAAAUCUGCAGCAGACAGUGAUCUAUCAGGCCAGCCAGGCCCUGAACUGCUGUGUUGAUGAAGAACAUGGGAAAGGGUCUCUGGAGGAAGCUGAAGCAGAGAGACUUCUUCUGAUUGCAACUGAGAAGAGAGCACUUCUGAUUGAUGAACUGAACAAGCUGAAGAACGAAGGGCCUCAGAGGAGGAAUAAGGCUGCCGUCACAUCUCAGAGUGGAUUUGUUCCAUCCAAAGGGUCAGUCACUUUGUCAGAGAUCUGCUUGCCUCUGAAAGCAGACUUUGUCUGCAGCACCGCUCAGAAACCAGAUGCAUCAAAUUAUUACUACUUAAUUAUGCUAAAAGCUGGAGCUGAACAUAUGGUCGCCACACCAUUAGCAAGUACCUCAAACUCUCUUAGUGGUGAUGCUUUGACAUUUACCACAACAUUUACUCUGCAUGACGUUUCCAAUGACUUUGAAAUAAAGGUUGAAGUUUACAGCUUGGUACAAAAGAAAGAUUCGUCAGGCCCUGAUAAGAAGAAGAAGGCAUCGAAGUCUAAGGCUAUUACUCCAAAGAGACUUCUCACAUCUAUAACUUCAAAAAGCAGCCUUCAUUCUUCAGUUAUGGCCAGUCCUGGAGGUCUCGGUGCUGUGCGCACCAGCAACUUUACCCUUGUUGGAUCUCACACACUGUCAUUAUCUUCUGUCGGAGAUACCAAGUUUGUUUUGGACAAGAUAAAUUUUGAUGUAAGAGAACAGGAGCUACUGGGCUAUUUGUUCCAGGAAAAGGUACCUUUUCUAUCUCCUUUGGAAGGUCAUAUCUGUUUAAAAAUCAGCUGUCAAGUGAAUUCAAGUGUUGAGGAGAAAGGUUUCCUAACCAUAUUUGAAGAUGUUAGUGGCUUUGGUGCCUGGCAUCGAAGAUGGUGUGUUCUCUCUGGAAACUGUAUCUCCUACUGGACUUACCCAGAUGAUGAGAGGCGAAAGAAUCCUGUAGGAAGGAUAAAUCUGGCCAAUUGUAUCAGUCAUCAGGUAGAACCAGCCAACAGAGAAUUUUGUGCAAGACGCAACACUCUGGAAUUAAUCACUGUCCGACCACAAAGAGAGGACGACCGAGAGACUCUUGUCAGCCAGUGCAGGGACACACUCUGUGUCACCAAGAACUGGCUCUCUGCAGACACUAAAGAGGAGCGGGAUCUCUGGAUGCAGAAACUCAACCAGGUCAUAGUUGAUAUUCGCCUUUGGCAGCCUGAUGCUUGCUACAAGCCCGUUGGAAAGCCUUAAACCUUGGGAACUUUGGGAGCAUGGAGAGGCUUUGCUAGCUGUGUCAAAAAGUAUCCUAAUAAGACGUUAUUAGGAGCAUCAGAUUUGCAAGUUGUAUUUUAUGCUUUAAAGAUAAAAGGGCCUGUGCAAAUAUUCACUACAUAUUAUGCAGUAUUUAUAUCUUUUCUAUGUAAAACUUCAACCAUUUUUUCUUGCAUUCAUAAGUGUUUGACAGCCAAUUCAUAAUUGAUUUUGCUACAUCUUUUAAGUUCAGAGUCUCAUUUUCUAGAAACCUAAUUAGCCAGUUAUCCAUGACAAAAAAAAUCUUAAUCAAGUAGAGUUGUCUUUUGGAGCUGUGUGUUUUGAGGUACCAAGGUCUCCUGUAAGUCACAAACAAACCUCUGGUUUGAUUCCUUCUCCAACCUCAAUGGGUUUUUGUUUUUUGUUUUUUAAGGGUGUGGUCAUUCCUGGCUCAUGCAUGAUAUGGCUUGUUACUAGAAUACUGAAUGCACUUUCUCAGUGGGUUUUGCAGGAACAUGCUUAGUGGUGGAGAUGAGGAAAGACAACAAAAACUUAGUAGUUUAGUAUGGACUUGGCUACUCUCUGAAGAGAUGUGGACAUAGUGACACUAUGUGACAUAUGGGGCUAAAUUUAUAUAGAAGCAUUAAGAAUCACAUGGUUUGCAUUCACUCCAUUUCUAUUUAUGCAGUGUGGUGCACAUUUUCAUUCAGGCUUUAUUAAAUAGUUAUUUUUUCAUAGCCCAGAGAUUCUUCAUAUUAACAUAUUUUUCUCUUAUGAUAAGAACAACUGUAAAUUGAAGAACAUUUACAUAAAAAGAUUAAACUUUACCAAGCUGCUGUUUUCUACUACUUUGCUUGCCAAAGUUCUUGUCUUUUCCUUUUCUUUCAUAUCCAUCUAUGUCAGUUUCUAGAAGUGUUUUGAGAUUGUUGAAAAAAAUAGUAAGCCAUAUUACCUUAAUCAGCCCAAUACCUUCUUACAAUUUAGAAAUCUUGAAAUGCAUGGCUUCAGUUUGUACGUUUGAAUUUCUUCUCUGACUGUUAUUGAUACUUUCAUUUAUAAACACUAAAUUCUAUCACCUGUCAUUAUAUUUCUUACUCAUCUAAAUGUGUUUUUUCUUUUGUAUAUCAUAAAAAUAUUUUAUGGCCGCCUAUAUAAAUAAAUAAUUGUAAAUGGUCGAAAGAAUCAUUUAUUUAAGAAUUACUGUGUGUGGUGUAAUUGCUGUGUAUGUCUUGGUUGUUCUUGCGGCAUGGUGUUGACAGUACCCCAUCCAUGUUUUCCUCUCUAGCCUAAUCUUCGUCUUACUGAAUGUUCUUGGGGUUGUUGUUAAAUUAGCGGGGACUGAGCAGAAUCUGGUGAUGGCUGUGUAUUUGAAGAGGCAGUGGGUGAGGCUGACAGUGACCAGCAGCUAGAACAAAGAACAAACUGGAUGGGAGGGACUGCCGAGGUGGUUUUUAUACUGAUGUUUAUUUUCAAAUAGUCAUUGCCUGUUGUGGUACAAAAAUUCAAGAGGCAAAAAAGUUAAAACGAAAUGUCUUGUUCUCAGACCUCCUUUUUUCACUUUAUAAUUACAUGUGUUGUCUGCAUAUCCCUUCAAAUAUGUAUAAUCUUUUAUACGGAAGUGUUCCAUACAUAGUAUUUAUAAUAUAGAGAAAAAAAGCAUGUCUUAAAGCUCAUCUGAUUUUCGUAUGUAUAAUUUUAUGUAUGGAAUUCAAUUUUAGAAGUUUAAGGUAUAUUUUGGUUACCUUUUAAUGGUUAAUGAAUCAAUCUAGACUCACCUGGGUAAUGAGUCAUUUUGGUUUUUCAAGACAGGGCUUCUCUGUGGAACAGCCCAGGCUGUCCUGGAACUCUAUUUGUAAACCAGGUUGGCCUUGAACUCACAGAGCUCCACUUGCCUUUGCCUCCCAAGUUCUGAGAUUAAAGGUUUAUGCCACCACUGCCUGUCUUGACUAGGGAGUCUUAAUAAGGAACUGUCUAGAUUAGGUUGGCCUUUGAGCAUUCUGUAGGGGACUGUGUGUGUGUAUGUGUGUGUGUGUGUAUUAGUGUAAGCACAAGAGGACAUCGGAUCCUCUGAAGCCGAGUUGUCAGACAUGGUUGCUGACUUGGGUCCUCUGUAAGAGCAGCAGGUGCUCUUGACCACUGAACCAUCUCUUUAGCCCUGAGUCUGUUGUUCUUAAUUGGGGUUAACUGAAGUGGGAAGACCAACCCUGAAUAUGGGGCAACACCAUUUCAUGUGCUGGACUCUGGACUGAAUGAAAGAGAGAGUGGAACCUGGAGUGCAGGUAUUGUUUCAUGCUCUCUGCUCUUCACCAACCAGCUUCUUCAAGUUCUGCAGCCUUAGCUUCCUAGCAGUGAUGGACUGUAACCUGGGAUAAUGAUCCAAUAAAUUAUUUCUUUAGUUGCCUUUGUCGGGGUGUUUUAUCGUGACAGGAAACAAAACCAAAACAAGGUGAUUGUGGAACAUCAAGUGGAAACAUCAACAAAUAGUGGAAAAUAUAGCUAAUAAUUUCACUGAUUUCUGUUCAGAGGAGCUCUGUGGAGCCAUUCAACAGAUAAGAACAUUCUGGAAGUAUAAUGUGGAAAGAGAAGCCAUAAGGAAACAAACACUGUUCUUCAGGUGAACAUAAAAAGGAGCAGCCAACAUUUGGUUUUUGUGAAAGAACAGUAGUUGAGUCUGGAAAAUGAAAAGCACCUUGAGGUCCUGUCCAAAGUACUAAGAUAGAUUGAUGGAAAGGAGAACUCAUUGAGGCAGCCAACUCAAUCAACUCAAUGAGUGGUUCUGACAAAAGUCUGUUACAGUAACAUCCACAAAGGGAGAAAUGCUAGACUUGAUUACACUAAUAAAAUACUUUCUGGGAAAUAGUGGAAAGGUGACAAGAUUUAAUAACAAAUGUGUGUGUAUAAGUGUGUAAGAGAGGCCAUGUAUGAAAAGAAAUGGGACACAUUAAUAUGUACAAUGUUAAUAAAUUAUGUAUAAUAUGCUAAUAUCUGUAGAUUAGGUAAACACAAAGGUGAUUAUUUAUAAUCUAAUAAUAAAAGAAUGCAAAAUAUGAAA